UCAAAAUACAAUCACUAAACUAUCGGACGGCUGGACAUCAAAGUACUUGCACAACAUCUAGUUUUUCAACUCACUUUAUCUUUUAGUCUUGCUUUGUUUUGUUGAGUAUGUUCCUAAAUCAAGUUUAAUGGGUUUUUCAACAUGGGUCUUGUUGAUCUUAAAUAUUUUGAUGUUUGCUGCACUACCCAUUUUCUCAGAUAGUAGUUUGAGUUCGAAUCAGCUCCCUGAAAUCCCCAAAGAAUUUUUAAAAUUUGCCAAGAAAGCUGAAGUCUUUGAUUGGAUGGUGAGAAUUAGGAGGAAGAUUCAUGAGAAUCCUGAACUGGGUUAUCAAGAAUUUGAGACUAGUAAACUUAUUAGAGAUGAACUUGAUCGUUUAGGGAUUCAAUACAAGUACCCAGUUGCUGUUACUGGUGUUGUUGGAUACAUUGGUUCUGGUGAGCCUCCCUUUGUUGCUUUGAGAGCUGACAUGGAUGCUCUUCCCAUUCAGGAAAUGGUGGAGUGGGAGCACAAGAGUAAAAUUCCUGGAAAGAUGCAUGCGUGUGGGCAUGAUGCACAUGUCACAAUGCUGCUUGGUGCAGCAAAGAUUCUACAAGAGCACCGUGAAGCUAUAAAGGGAACUGUUGUACUUGUUUUCCAGCCUGCAGAGGAAGGAGGUGCUGGAGCAAAGCAAGUGAUAAAUGCAGGAAUUCUUGAGAAUGUGAAAGCCAUAUUUGGUCUGCAUGUUGCACCUGACUUGCCUGUAAGCAAAGUUUACUCAAGGCCGGGUCCUAUUAUGGCCGGGAGUGGAUUCUUUGAAGCCGUUAUUAGCGGUAAAGGUGGUCAUGCUGCCAUCCCUCAACACUCAAUCGACCCAAUAUUGGCAGCUUCAAACGUAGUUGUCAGUUUACAGCAUCUUAUUUCCCGGGAAACAGAUCCUCUUGAUUCUCAGGUAGUUACAAUUGCAAAAUUCAAAGGAGGUGAUGCAUUUAAUGUUAUUCCAGAUUCUGUUGUUAUUGGUGGCACAUUACGUACCUUCUCAAAAGAAUCUUUGAUGCAGCUAAAGCAGCGAAUUAAGGAGGUUAUUAUUGGACAAGCAGCUGUACACAGGUGUACAGCAACUGUGAAUUUUCUAGAAAGUGAGAAGCCAUUCUACCCUCCUACUGUCAAUGAUAAAGGGCUGCACCAGUACUUCCAAAAUGUCGCGGCCGACAUGAUUGAUAUUUCCAGUGUAAAAGAAAUGCAGCCAAUGAUGGGAGCUGAAGAUUUCUCAUUCUACCAAGAGGAGAUACCAGGUUACUACUAUAAUCUUGGUAUGAAAAAUGAAACAAAAGGAAACCUGGCAUAUCUGCACUCUCCCCACUUCCAAAUCAAUGAAGAUGCUUUUCCGUUUGGUGCUGCACUUCAAGCGUCACUGGCUGCUAGAUAUAUUCUUGAAAAUCAACCAGAAAGCACGCCACUGAAAGGAGAACAUCGUGAUGAGUUGUAGUUGCAGUACUUUUAGCUAUUGGUAAAGAAAAAAGUGCCAGGGGCAUAUGGAGCUUCACGAUUUCGCGCUGCUAGAACUUAUUAUAUCAGUAAUUGAGUAGCCAGAUGUGAUGUUUUUAACUGUCUACCAACACUAAAUAUGUAAACAAUCAGCUUAACUGCAAGCAGACCUUGCAAAUAUGACCACAUUCUGAUUUUAUUUAUAAGGAUGUUGUUGAUCUUGUAUUAUUAUUGUAGCUAAUAUAUGGGUGCCAUUUAUGUCCA